UGUGGUGUUUUUUUUUCAUCCCCAUGAUGCAAUGCGAUCAAUGCGUUUCUACUUUUCUCUCUUCCAUCAUGUCGGCUGCUACCGAACCAAUGCAAGAACAAUCCAUGGAAUAUCAAAGCAAUCAUACCGGACUAGAGCCGAGCGAAGCUGAACUUAAAACGAAUGGAGAACAAGAUACAACAUAUGAUAACGCAGGAAACGACGCCAAGAUGUCUGAAGGGGAAGAUGCAACGGCUAGCGUCAAUGAGGUCGAAGAAGUCGUAAACGAGCAAGAACUAAAAUAUUGGAAGUCUGUGAAAGAGAAUCCUUCAGAUUUUACCAGCUGGACCUACCUUUUACAAUUUGUCGAGCAAGAGAAUAAACUCUCCUCUGCAAGAAAAGCAUUUCAAACUUUUUUUAAGAGGUACCCAUAUUGUUAUGGAUACUGGAAGAAAUAUGCAGACAUGGAACGAAAGAAUGGCAAUAUUGAGGCUGCAAAGGAGGUAUUUGAGCAAGGGGUGAAGGCCAUUGCAUGCAGUGUGGAUCUAUGGGUACACUAUCUCAACUUUUCUUCUCAGGCAACCAAAGGCCAACCUGAUGGCCCUGAAAUCAUGAGAAGAUUGUUUGAGAGGGCAAUUGCUACUGCAGGGCAAGACUUCCGCUCUGACAAGCUUUGGGAUGCUUACAUAGAAUGGGAGAAAAGCCAGGGUCAGCUGCAAAGAGUAACAGCUCUCUACGACAAGCUCUUUACUGUGCCAACCCAGAAUUACGCUCAACACUUUGAAAAAUUCAAAGAGCACAUCAACACUCACCCUGUAGCCAGUGUCCUGCAGACUGAGGAGCUGCUGAAGCUGCGAGCCGAGGUGGCUGCAGCUCCUCCUGGGGUGAUCUCAGAGGCAGAGCCACAGGUAGCUGUACCUGACACCACUCUCCCAGUUGACCCAGAAGCUGAUGAGGUAGCCCCUGGGACAGAGCUUGGACCGCCUGGUGAAGAACCUGGCAUUGUUUUACCAGAGAAUGAUGCAGAGACUGUUGCCAUUCGAGAGAAAGUGAUAGCUGCGAGAACAGAGAUCUUCAACAAGCUUGAAGAUGAAAUUCGCAAGUGCUGGGUGUUUGAGGACGCCAUCAAGAGGCCUUACUUUCACGUUAAACCACUUGAGAGAGUACAGCUAAAGAACUGGAGAGAUUACUUGGACUAUGAAAUUGCAAAUGGCGAACACAGAAGGGUGGUGAUAUUGUUUGAGAGAUGUGUGAUUGCCUGUGCCUUAUAUGAAGACUUCUGGCAGAGAUACGCUAGUUACAUGGAGAAUCACAGCAUUGCAGAGUGUAGUUCUAUAUACACAAGAGCUUGUACCAUCCAUCUUCCACGCAAGCCAAACAUUCAUCUUGCUUGGGCAGCCUUUGAAGAGAAAAAUGGGAACUGCAACAGAGCAUCUGAAAUCCUCAAAGACCUUGACAAUGCUGUCCCAGGUCUUGUUUCUGUUAAGCUGCGGCGUGUCAGCUUGGAAAGGCGGGCAAACAACUUGGAAAAGGCAGCUGAGCUAUUUGAGGAAGCUGUAGGAGAAUCAUCAGAGCAAGAAACCAAGUCUUUCUAUGCUGUCAGAUAUGCAAGAUUUCUAGCUAAGAUAAUGGGUGAUUGUGAAAAGGCGUGCACCAUUUUGAAACAAGCACUGGAAAAUGAUAAGGACAACAAGCGGCUCUACUUGCAGCUUCUCGAUAUCCGGCUGAAUGAGUCACCUAUUUUGGAGGAUAAGGUUGAAGAGGUUUUUGAACUUGUGAAGAGCAGUGAUCUUGAUGAAGACACAAAGCAAGGGUUCUCUGAGAGAAGAUUAGAAUUUCUUGAAGACCACUGUUCUAGCAUCACCAAGAUACUAUUGGCAAAUGAGGCUCAUGGCAAGCUGUACAAAUCCAACCCGUCUGUUGUCGGCUCUGCCACUGCCAAGAAGAGAGCAUCGGAGACAAGUGUUGAAUCCAAAACAAAAGUUGCUAAAACAGAAGGUGCAACAGACACCGCACAGCAUCUAUACCCAGCAGCAGUAGAGAGCUAUGAUGCAGGAUACUCUAGCGCAUACAGCACCUCUGCAGCAGCCGCUACUGCCUACAGCUAUGCCACCCAGACGCAGAACCAGUGGGCAGCAUACAGUGCUGCAGCUCAACCGGCAUAUGCUUACAACCAGUGGUACUACGGACAAACGACACCUACUCUUUAGCUUGGCUAGUUUUAACAGUUAAUUUCAGAAACGUUGUACAUAGUUUUUUUUUUGUAAAAAAAAAGUGCAUAAAAUGCAAGAUCAAUGACAAAAGUUGGUGUUCUACUGUACAAAGUUAAAGAUGUUGUAGACAGACAGGAAACUGCAUAAUAAAACAUGGUUUAUUGACAA